GUAAUAUUUGCAUAAAAAUAAUUUGGGCUUUCCCUAAUUUGCAUAGAGAACGUUUCCUCAAAAAAAAAACGAAAGCAGGUGUGCUGUUUACUGUUUAUAAGAAGGGACAAUCUAGACAGAUAACUUCGUCUGAAUUCGGAAAACAGACACAAUGGAAUCUUUUCCAGAUGGUUGUCCUCAUCCUAGUAUCCCUGUAGAAACUGAUGAGUCUAUGACCUUAUCCUCUCUUAAUCUGGCCUGGCCAGCGUGCCAGGAGUGCCACUCACACAUGCCUGACCUUAGAGAAACAGCCAAAGGGGAUAGUUUUAGCCCUCAGAUGUCCAUCCAUGAUGUAAGCAGCCUGGAUUACUCAGACCAAUACUGCAGGCCUCCUCCCAAAGAUUUAAGGGUCAGUCAGACUCAGCAUCCUAUCAUCAAACGGCCCUUUAAUGACAGCCCUGUAGGACUGCCCAGUCUAUACCUGCAUACAAGUUCAAGAAGAGACCCUCUGAGAGACCAUAGACCCCAAAUAGAAGAUCUGAGUGAAGACUUCUCAGACCUCAAUAUUCAACAUUUGCCUGUCCCAUAUCAACAUUUCCGUAACCCUGUGAGUGAGGAUGAGGAAAGUCUGGAGAAGCCUAGAUCUCUUUGCCCUGACAUGGUGGAGAAUAUGUGCGGACAUUCUUCGCCAAAUCAGCAGAGAUACUAUGGUCAGUGCCCACCAGAGGCUUUUAAUGGCUUCCAGUAUAAGCAUGAGCAUCCUGCACAUUGUCCACAGCCCAACCAUCCACUGUACCAACAAUUCCCACCUCAGUAUGGGAGGUACCACCCACAGAACAGGUCCUUACCUAGACCUGUAGCCCCUCUGAGGCCUAUUCAGGAUACAACCCGUCAGAGCACGGCACGUAUGAAGGAGCUCAUAUCAGAGGUGUGUGUCAACCCCUUCCAACCUGCUGCUGCUGCUGUUCAUCCCCAAACCUUGACACGAAACGUCAGUCUGCCUGACGACUGCAGAGAUGUUUUCAUAACAUACUCAGCGGACAUUACAGCAGAGUUGAUGCCCUUCGUGAGUUUUUUGAUAAAUCAAGGAUUCAGACCAGCUAUUGAUAUAUUCGAAGACAGAGUUAGACAAAUGGACAUAAACAAAUGGAUGGACAGUUUUUUAAAAAAUAAGUCAGUGUUAAUCAUCGUAGUGAUCAGUCCAAAGUAUAAAGCAGAUGUUGAAGGUGAUGGAUCUGAUCAACAUGGAUUACAUACCAAGUACAUACACACUCAGAUCCAAAAUGAAUUCAUUCAGCAAGGAUGUCUUAACUUUAGACUAGUGCCAGUGCUGUUUCCAUGUGCUAACCAGAGUCAUGUGCCGCUGUGGCUUCUGAAUACUCGUCGGUACAGGUGGCCUGAGGAUGCCGAGGACCUGUUGCUGCGUUUACUCAGAGAAGAGAAAUACAUCGUCCCACCCCUGGGCAGAGAGCUCAAACUCACUAUAAAACCGCUACAGUAAGCAUGGUUUAACAGCAUGGUUAUUUAUAGCACAACCAUGGAUAUUUUGUGGUAACCAUUGUUUAACUUUAGUAAAGAUGGUUAUUUGGUUUUAACUGCAGUAAAACCAUGGUUUAUUAUCUUAAGGGUACACAUGAAGUGACAAACUUGUUGAAAGUACACACUGUUUGUUUUGUUAAGUACACUCUUGUCUUUUUAACCCAGUAGUCAUAAUAGUUAGAAUAAUCAGGUAUAUUUGAAAGUGAUUAAGGUGUAAGCAGUACCUGUAAAAGUGAUGCACACGCACACAUCUGUCAUAUAUGAGUCAAUUUAUCCUCAUCAAUAUUCUCUAUUCCAAACACACACAGGCUACACAACUGACUCAAAUUUCUGCUACAGCAUUUUUGCCAUAACAAUUGUCAGAAGAUUUUAAUAAUUAAUAUUGAUAGAUUUUAUUGUGUUUUUUUUUAUUUCAGUAACUUCUUACCAUAUGUAGUUGCUUCAUAAGAAAGGAAAUUUAACAAAUUACAUUUUUGAUUUAGAAAUUCAGUUGUUUUCCUUCACAUUGAAUAUAUGAUAUGACGACUACAGUAUAUAAAAGCUUGAACACUUUGAGAUGCAAUUCAUCACACUUACAUGAAUAAUAACUUGAUAACAAGUAAUUUAACUUCAUUGUGCAUUUUAGGGUAUGUAUAAUGAAAAAAAGAUACUAUGUAACCAGAUAUUAACUACUAUACAAUUGUAUAACUUUGUAUUGCUCCAUGUUACUGCUCUUUUUGGAUGAACUUAUGUUGUAGACAUGUAAAUAAAACAAGGUUGUAACCAAAUAUACUUAUUAUUAGUCAGAAUACACUAAUUGCAGUGCACUUGUAUAAAGGUUUCAAAAAAAAUUUUAUUCUUCCCACACUCUGUUAAGUGAUGUAUGAAAUUGUUUAGGAAUUCCAGCCCAUCAAUUCCAUAACACUGUCAAAA